CAUUGAUGUUUUAAAAGUGGAAUUUAAAGGAACCGAAUUUAGAGCGUAGUUUACUUAAUUGGAGGGAAUAAUGAACCUUUUGAUUUUGAUUAACAACCCUAUUGCAAUAGUUGCAGGAGCUGUUUUCCAAUUUAAUAUUCAUAAAGACACUAUCAAUGGAGAAACAGUUAUUCUUCCUUGUGAAAACAAACAAGGCAAUGAAUUAGUACAAUGGACUCGGCGAGACAAAAACACAGAAAAAUCAUUUACAACUGUAUACAGCGAUGGAUGGAGAAUUAAUCAUCGUUUGCAGCUUCACGAGAGACUGGAGAUUGUCGGCAAGAAAGGUGGAGAGGAUUAUGGAUUACAAAUAUCAAACGUAACAUCAUUGGAUACUGGGUUAUACAGAUGUGCAGUGGAUACCAUAUCUAAUCUGACUUAUUAUUUAGUUACCUUAGAAGUGAAGGAUAGAUAUGAGGACCUGCGAACCGGUUCCGUAUUUACCGUGGUCAAUACAACCUUUCAAUUUAUGAAGAACACAGAUGAAAGCAGAGUUUUUUCACCAAUUCCUAUUGUUCCCAUUCUCUUGAUUCCGUCAAUCACAGUGGUUAUGUUAUUAGCAUUUAUUGCAGCAAAAGGACUUUAUCAAACAAGACACGUAAACAAAGUAUCAUGUUCACAAGUCAAUGAUCAACAGGGCAAUGUCGGAGAAUUACAACAAAGUGAACAUUUUUACGAUAAAGUUGAUUAUGACGAAAUGACUUGCGCAGUUCAAAACAAUUCUCACAUUACUGAAUCUUCCUACCAUUACCCCGAUACAAGAAAUGUUGAAACAAUGUUGUUGAAUCUUGAUAACCCGCCGACCGGGGCAUCACAGGAAAUCGACAGGAAUAACCAAGCAAGCGUUUCCGAACAUGCAUACGACUAUUCCUAUGUUAGCAAUGUUUAUCAACCCCUCACUGAAAAUUGGGGAACUUACUCUGAGACUCGAACAUAUGCACAAUGUCCACCAUGCCAAACUGUUAGUGGUUGCUACAACAUUGCUGACUGAAGGCAAAUUGGGCACACGUAUCAGUAUCUUUAAACGAAAAGAAUAGACGCUAAACAAGAUUAAUGUAUUAGAGGAACAUUUAUAUAGAUUUUCCUUCGUUUUAGUUUAUUG